CGUCUGUCAUGGCGGCGCGCAGGUUGUGCAUGCGUUGAAUAACGUUAGCUGUCAAGGGUAAAUAUUCAGUCAACUCAGCUUGUUGACUAUUUUGACCGCUUCAAAUACUGGAAAUGGUGAGAUUGGAAAAUGCGACAACGGCUAUUUUGGGAGUUUAUCACAAAUAACACUGACAAAUGUGCUUACUUCGUGUUGUUUAGAGAAAGCUAGCUGCUAGCACUAUCAAAGAAAGCUCGUUCCCUUCAGUAGUUGGUAGUAGAUAGGCAGGCAGGCAGACAGACAGGGUCAACAUUUUCUCCCCGGCUAUUUUGCUUUUAAGUUAUAGCUUCUGAAGACUGAACUGUCUGUGAAUACAAAUGUUCGCCAACCAGUGUCUAUUUUACGGUAAUGUCGUUUCGGUUGGACGGAUUCUAGCGUUAGAAUCAACAACAGAUGCUGUCGCACAGCAAUAGUUAACGUUGCAACCAUAGUUGCAACUAAUAAGUGCAUUCUUGUUUACCAUAUGCUGCUAACGCGUAAGUUGACUUGAUGUUCAGGCCACAUAACAUAGCACGUCGGCAUUAGGCCUACUCAAGCUCAGCUAGAAUUUAAUAUCACGACCCCCUACUUAGCAACUCCAGACAAAAUGAACAUCCGCAAAACAGGUGUGGAGGUAUUCAGGAAAGCCUUGUUUUUUAGCAGGCAUAGGUCAGUUUUGGCACAACUGGGGUCUAUACUCCACAGGGAGCAUACACAUAAUACAAGGCCUGAACACAGAUCAGCAGCUUCCUCUUGGAGCUGGAAUCAUGUAGUAAGACCUGUGGUCAGUACAGUAAGGUACUACUCUCAGCAUGACCCACGUCCAGGGCAGUCUUUGGAAUUGCAAAAACCCUCACAGUCCCCGUCAGAGCGCCCAAAGCCCAAGCAAGAGAAGACCCUUUUCUUCCGGCAGCUGGACGAGUGCGCCUCUCCCAGUGAUGUGUUGGAUCUCGUCAGUAACAACUCACAUACCCACCGGCGUGCCAGCAACAGCCUUUCGCGCAUGUGGGAGACAACAAAAAUGAUGUCAGAUGAUCAACGGCUUUACGAACUGAAGCUGAUGUUUGAACACCAGGGAUUUGAGGAACUGUGCCAGGUGGUCAUCAACGAGGCUCCAAAAAUGCAGAGUGAAAGCAUGGCCUAUAGUCUGCUGGCACUGGUCAAGCUGGGGGUGCCUCAACGCAGUAGAGUGGUCCAAGUCCUCCUGAGGGUCAUUCAGGAAUCCUUGAACCAUUUUGACGAGCGGACUCUGUCGGUCAUUGCUGGAAGUUUAGAACAAAUGGAACCACUGCAGAAUGUUGAAGCACUUAGACAAGGGCUCAGGUUGAGGCUGGAGAAUGAUAUCUCCCUGAUCAAGAGGAUAAUUCCACUUCAGACAUUUAUGCGUGCAGUAGGGAAGGAUAGUUCAGAUGAACUGAAAAGGAAAUUGGAGAAAAAGGCCCUGGGCAUGGCCAAGGAUUUUACAGUUCCCAAUGCCCAAUACAUGCUUUCCGCAAUGGCUGUUAUGGGACUUAGUUCAAAGCUCCUGUUUGAAAUUUGCUGUAAGAAGAUAGAGGACAAUAUACAGGGGAUUCCAUUUUUCAGACUCAUGGCCAUCCUGAAGGCAAGUCAGGAUCUGCACAUUAGGAACAGUUCUCUGCUCUCAUCAAUAUCUGAGUAUAUGGCCACCAGCUGUGCCAUGUGGAAAAGUAAACAGGUUAUUCUGCUCCUUUUGGAGUUUGAGAAGCUGCAUUUUCAACCCACAAACCUGAUGGAUGCGUUUGCUGAGCGAGUCAUCGAGAACCCCGAUGCCCUCACGCUUAAAGAUAUCCUCGGCAUCUUGAGGGUCUACUCUCAGCUCAACCAUGACCUAGGGGAUCACAGAUCAGACUUUCUUGAUGCCAUCACACACGCUUUGGAGACCUAUCUAGAUCGGCUUCACCCAGACACCCUUCUGAAGGCCAUCUUCUACUUGUGCUUGCUAGAGCACUUUCCUGUUACCCCACUGGAGAGACUCUUUCGGGAGGACACAUUGGAGCAGCUUUUCAGCCAUGAGAAACAGAAAGUCUUGGGUCUGAAGCAUAGGCUCCAUGUUCUGGAUGUCUGCCUGCGGCUAGACCAGCCUUCUCUCCCUCGUCCCUUGUCUGUUCCUCCCAUCCUGGGUGACUUGCGACACCCAACCAUCCUGCACCUUCCUCUUGACCUCCUCAGCAUGUUGAAAAGCUUGGAAGGAGUGGAGACAAUAGAGGAACAUCUGGUUGUGGAGAAGACAUAUCUUAUAGAUUUUGUGAUCAAUCUCUCAUCUGAAACUUCUCAUGGAGAUAAACCUCUUCAGGAUCAACAUCCUCCUCCAAAGCUGGCAGUGCUGUGUGUCCCCCCCUCUGUCUACUGUUUUGGAACGUCUCAUUUGCGAGGCAGGGUGGCCAUGCUAACUCGCCACCUGAGAAUCCUGGGAUACUCUCCUGUGCUGGUGCCCGUGCAAGACUUGGUUCUGCUUCCAGAGGAGCAGAGAUCUGAGGUGCUGAAGAGGUUGGUGUUUCCCGAACGAGGAGAGGCGGGAGGGGAGACCGCUGCCACUCUGGGGUCAGGAGACAUGUGAGGUGUUGUGCUGUGACUGUGCAGUGUUCCUCAGGGGAUCAACGAGUGCAACGCCUUUCCUGAAAUCCGGAUGGAGUAGAUGUUUCCAGAGGAAACAUUGUUUUGAGGAUCUUGAUGAAGACAUCACGUGUCAUCAAUUUUUAUACCUCAGUAUAUGAUUGCCUUAAGAAACAAUCAUUACAACUAUUACUAGGGACCACAUAUGGUCUGAAAAGCUCCCUUAAAAGGGAUCUAUAUAUUUACAAGAUCAUUGAAUUGGUCUUUCAAAAACUGAAGUUUGACGUGCAUGGUGAUGUAUUGUUUGUUAUUAUGAUGGCUUGUAUUUCAGCAACAAAUUGUUGUCAUUCAGAUUGUUAUUUAGAGUAAUACAACACAAGUAACUGCACACUGAAAAGUGUCUGUGAAAACAGACUAAAGAUUAAAGGGUGAUAUAACCAGUUUCAUAA